AAUAAUAAUAAUAAUAAUAACAACAACAACAACAAUAAUAAUAAUAACAAUAAUAAUAAUAACAAUAAUAAUAAUAAUAAUAACAAUAAUAAUAAUAACAAUAAUAAUAAUAAUAAUAAUAAUAAUAAUAAUAACAAUAAUAAUAAUAAUAAUAAUAAUAAUAAUAAUAAUAAUAAUAAUAAUAAUAAUAAUAAUAAUAAUAAUAAUAAUAAUAAUAAUAAUAAUAAUAAUAAUAAUAAUAAUAAUAAUAAUAAUAAUAAUAAUAAUAAUAAUAAUAAUAAUAACAAUAAUAAUAAUAAUAAUAAUAAUAAUAAUAAUAAUAAUAAUAAUAAUAAUAAUAAUAAUAAUAAUAAUAAUAAUAAUAAUAAUAAUAAUAAUAAUAAUAAUAAUAAUAAUAAUAAUAAUAAUAAUAAUAAUAAUAAUAAUAAUAAUAAUAAUAAUAAUAAUAAUAAUAACAAUAAUAAUAAUAAUAAUAAUAAUAAUAAUAAUAAUAAUAAUAAUAAUAAUAAUAAUAAUAAUAAUAAUAAUAAUAAUAAUAACAAUAAUAAUAAUAAUAAUAAUAAUAAUAAUAAUAAUAAUAAUAAUAAUAAUAAUAAUAAUAAUAAUAAUAAUAAUAAUAAUAAUAAUAAUAAUAAUAAUAAUAAUAAUAAUAAUAAUAAUAAUAAUAAUAAUAAUAAUAAUAAUAAUAAUAAUAAUAAUAAUAAUAAUAAUAAUAAUAACAAUAAUAAUAAUAAUAAUAAUAAUAAUAAUAAUAAUAAUAAUAAUAAUAAUAAUAAUAACAAUAAUAAUAAUAAUAACAAUAAUAACAAUAAUAUUACAGCCGCGCCUCUCCUCUCCCUUCUCCAGACGCCGCCUAGACCAGUACACGCCCGCCGCCCCGAGUGACCAGCAGGAGACCCUUGAAGGCGGCAGGGACGGGGCUCCGGGGCACAGAGGCGCCCAUUGUGUGUCUCUAUAUCCUCUAUCAAC